AAAUAAUUUGAGCUGUUAAAAUGUCCUCCCCAUCGCCUGGGAAGAAACGGAUGGACACAGACUUCGUGAAGCUAAUUGAGAAUAACUACGAGGUUCAAAUCCUGGGAGGAAUCCACGAGUUUGUCGUUAAAUUUGAAGGCCCUAAAGAUUCUCACUACGAAAAUGGUAUCUGGAAAGUAAGGGUUGAUCUUCCAGAGAAAUAUCCCUUUAAGUCGCCCUCUAUUGGCUUCAUGAACCGCAUAUUCCAUCCUAACAUUGAUGAGAUGUCUGGCACUGUUUGUUUGGAUGUUAUAAACCAAGCGUGGACUGCUUUAUAUGAUUUACGGAACAUAUUUGAUACCUUUCUCCCACAACUCCUGACGUACCCAAAUCCAGUCGAUCCUUUGAACGGUGAUGCAGCAGCUUUGUAUCUUCACAAACCUCAGCAAUAUAAAGAAAAAGUCAGAGAGUAUGUGGACAAGUACGCCUCACCGGAAUAUGUGGACCGAAUGGAGGUCACCAGUGGAGGGCAAGUAAGCCACCACGUUGAGGAUAACGAUGAUGAGAGUUCUAUGAGCUCAGAUUAUUCUGAAGACGAAUGCAAUGGGAUGGAGCUGUGAUAAAAGCCCGUAUUUUGAAUUCCUUAACUCCAGACUCCAGUGUUUGCUUCAGUGAGAGAAUGAGUUUCCCGGAUCCAGCUGCCGGAAUCUUCACCUCGACCCUACUAAAACCACAGUCUGCAUAGUAAUGCCAAAUAUACAGCAUACACGUCGUCCUCUGCGAUCACGACGCCGGAAUGCGCAGCUGUUGCUAACCGGGGGACUGCAGACUCAUCACUCAAUGGAAUUUAUUAAUAUUUUAAACUUAUAAUGCCUGGGAACCCGAUUUGUAAAUAUAUAUUUAAACUUUCGAUAUCCAAUUGUUACUAUAGUCGUAACUUGCUGUGUGUUUAUUUAAAUUGUGGGUCCGAACUUUGCAGCAGUUACUGCUCUAAAACUGUUUUUGCCGAAAAUGUUAUCAAUAUGGACGUGAGUGGUAAUAGUGGGAACUGGGAAGUGGCUUGUAUUUAUUAGGAGCUAGUAAAACUUAAACAACCCUUUCAAUAUUAAAGCAUUUAAGAUCAUACGUAAUGCGUAUAUAUUUUAUAUUCAAAUAAUAUAGAUUUUGCAAUUCUGAAUAUUUUAAACUCCUUAUAGCUCCCACCGUUACCAAUAUCAAUGCAUUGUCUAAAAUUUGGAUACAUAUUUUCUAUGUUUAUUAAUAUCACUAUAAGUGGCGAUGAUCUUUUAAGACUAGUUAAGGAUACUUUCUUAUUCUUACUAAUACUUAGGCUCACUCAGAUCAGGGGGUAUUACAUAGUAGCUUAGUUAUCAUUUGGUCUUUUAAUAAUUUGCGUUGUUUAAGUGGGAUACGUUUCCUCUUACCUUGUUGAUUUUUAUGUAAACCGCAGAAAUCUGCCUCUUAAAAGAUAAAAAGACUCCAAAUAUCUUUCUGUAGUAUCUUUAGUUGGAAUGAUACCGAUGAAUGCAGGGUGUACAGUAUUUCUAUGAACGCAUCUAACUGAGAAUUCCUAAAAUCUACAGACACUUUCACCACUGCUUAAGCAAAGAUAAUUAACCUUAAUCCUUAUUGCCUAUUCCUUUCGCGAUGAUGUUUCGAAGUUAGAUGCGUCUCCCUUGGUUUGUCAUGUUAUGUGAUAUUUUGUUUUUUUAGUUUUCAAACACUAA